GUCUCUAUGAUCAGUGCAAGUCUGUCAACGCGAACCGCGAGAUCAUCAAUCAACACUCGUCACUUUUCAGUCAAGGAGUCCACAACUUAAAACUCUAUUACCAUGAAAUUCUUGCUUUUGACCGUAUUCGUUUGCCUAGCUGUGUGCUUCAUGGCCGUCAGCGCCAAGCCUUUGGAGGAAGCUAUACCUGAGGGCAUUGAAGGACCUGGCAGUGAGCCCAUUAGCCCAACCGACGAUCAGUCCUUCCUGCUGAAGCUCAAGCUGCUCAAGAAGCUGCUCUUCCUGGGUUAAACGCCGACAUUAAACGGACUACCUUAGCAUAUUUUGUGUUUAGCUUUUAAGAAUGAUAUUAAAAAAUGAAUUUUCAAGGAAAAAUAGUUUUUAAAUGAACAGAACUUCAAGU